UGUUAUGAUUACGAUAUGCUGCACACCAAAAUGUAUUUCACUUUUCUGUUGAAGGUCUGCAACAAUCAUGAGAUGUGUAAGACUUAUAUCAGCGACCACGUCAACGCCACGGCCAUCGAUGCUGCCAAAGUAGAACAAAGAAAAGGCGAAAUAUUAAAAAACGUGGACGACUUACUUAAAACACAAAACUAUUUCGAAGUUUUAUUAUCAUUGAUUGGCAUCCUUAGAAUCGAAGACAAUACCCGCAAAAAGAGAUCAGCCGAGCAAGAAAUAAUGAGCCAGGAUGUGAUCAAAGCCAUCAAUGCUUGGGAAAUGACCGUAUUGAAACCGCUAUCUGAAAAAGAGGCCAUAAUUCUUAGCUCUGCAAUAGUGAAACUGGACAAUGAGCAAUACAACGACGAUUUUCUUAAAAAAUUUAUUUCUAAUCUAGACUCCUUGAUAAAAAUCUUCAAAUUAAACAGUCAAAGCAUGCCAGACAGUAUUUUUACAUCAAGCGUCGACAAAGCCUUACAAGCAGCAAGCCGAAACUUCAGUUCAGAAAUAUCGCAGAAUCUUCUUAACGGUAUUCUUGCAUUUGCUGGUUCUUAUACAAGUCAGAAGAAUAUCAAAUCCGCAAACCUCAACUUGUUUACGACGAAAUCUAUGUUGAAUCAGCCGUUGACCAGGACACUGACAGAAAAAGUCACUUUCACUCCCGGAGAAACAUUAGAGGAAAGGUAUGUCAACUGGGAGUGUAGUAAAACCGAGAAAUGUCAAGGAGCUGUAGCACAAAUAUUGCAGAUCGCCAACGGAGCCAGUGUGUUUCCUCUGAAUGACACCAAAACCGAUGUAGUUUCUGACGUGAUUGAUUUCUCACUCUAUAAUCCCAGUUCAGGAUUAUUGGAAAGCGUUUCAAACCUGGACAAUCCUGUAGUAUUUGAAAUACAACUUAACGAAAUGCUUGAAAAUAAAAUAUAUAAAUGCCUCACCUGGGACUCUGACAAGUCUACCUGGGAAGACUUAGAGACAGCCAAAACAAAUCAAAGCAACUCCAGAGUACAGUGUGAAACAACUCAUUUGACAAAGUUUCUAAUUGGACAAGAAUCAAAAACUAGUCAAGGUGCCGGCGGUUAUAAGUCUUCUGCGAUAAGGCCCUCUCUAUGCGUAAGCCUCUUUAUCCUAUACUUAUCUUGUGCAAUUAUUUAUCCCUGGAGACUUGUACAUCAGACAUGAUCUAUCACUAGCUCACUUUG